AAGUCUCCAAUCAAAUAACCCGAAGAGGCGUUCCACAUUCCAAUAAAGAGACUGUUUACUUCCGUGAAUAUUUCUAGGGGGAGACAGAAUUUCAAUUGCAACAAAGGAAGAGCGUUUGUUGAAGCAUGCCUUUCUUGGGCCAGGACUGGAGGUCACCAGGAUGGAGCUGGAUAAAGACCGAAGACGGAUGGAAGCGUUUCGAGUUUUAUGGCCAUGAUUUGGGAGGAAACAACGAACUUGAUUUGGAAGAAAUGCAGGAGGAAAACAAAGAAAACCUGUUUGUGGGAGAUGUCUGUGAAGUAGCCACCAAAAAACGGAAAAAAGAUUUUUUUAAUAACAACACCAAAUCACAGUUUUUCUACCAAGAGAAGUGGAUCUAUGUUCAGAAAGAAAGCACUAGAGAAAGACAUGGCUACUGUACAUUAGGAGAGGCCUUCAAUCGCCUGGAUUUUUCCAGUGCUAUACAAGACAUCCGGAGGUUCAACUAUGUGGUGAAACUGCUGCAGCUGAUAGCAAAGUCUCAGCUGACAUCCCUGAGCGGAGCUGCCCAGAAGAACUACUUCAACGUCCUGGAGAAGAUCGUUAGAAAGGUACUUGAAGACCAGCAGAACCCUCGCCUCAUCAAAGACCUCCUCCAGGACCUGAGCUCCACUCUCUGUAUCCUAAUUCGGGAAGUUGGGAAGUGUGUGCUGGUAGGGAACAUCAAUAUCUGGGUCUGCAGACUGGAGACGAUUCUCAGCUGGCAACAGCAGCUCAACAACCUUCAGAUCCCCAAGCAAGUAACCAAUGGCAUGACACUCAGCGACCUUCCGCUGCACAUGCAGAAUAACAUCCUGUACAAGUUCUCGGAUGCCUGGGACAUCAUCAACCUGGGACAGACCACGCCCACUCUGCACAUGCUCAGUGAGGACCGGCAGCUGUGGAAGCAACUGUGUCAGUUUCACUUUGCGGAGAAACAGUUCUGUAGGCAUUUAAUUCUGUCGGAGAAGGGCCACGUAGACUGGAAGCUGAUGUACUUCACGCUGCAGAAGUAUUACCCGAAAAGAGAGCAGUACGGAGACACGCUGCACUUCUGCCGGCACUGUAGCAUUCUGUUCUGGAAGGACUGCCAUCUGGCUUUGUUGUUCAAGGAUUCCGGGCACCCCUGCACUGCCAAUGAUCCGGACAGCUGCUUCACACCCGUCUCCCCGCAGCACUUCAUUGACCUCUUCAGGUUUUAGACCAUGCUAAUACGCUUGUUGAUUCUUGCAGAGGGGAAACAUGAUUCUUCACUUGUUCUGCGCACAAUGAUUUUGACUUUGCCUAAGUACAAAAGGGCUCAGCAAACAUAUAUUUUCCUUCCCCACAUUUAUAUAAAGUGAAGGAAUAAGAAAAAAAAAAUGGAAAAAAAGAGAUGACUACACUAGCAUGUCGAGGAAAUGUCAGGGGAUAGUGUCUUAACCAAUGUGGGACCAAGGUUGUUCUUGAUUCGAUAAAUACUUUGCUCAUUUGGAAGGUAAAAGUGAAAUAUACAUUUCUAUGGUCUGUCAGUCUGUAACUAUUCUCCUUUUGUAAUGGAAUGCACGUCAUUUGUAGAUUUGUAGGUCUCUACUUCCUGUGUUUUGUGUAUCUGGAUGUGCUGUGAAAAUAUCUUGAGGCAUUGACGUUUAAGUGUAAAUUUGAGGUCGUCGUAACCGGACUUUUUACAAUACUUGUUUAAUUGGUUGUUUUGAUCAGAAGACAAAUGCAAACAGUACUAUUUAUGAAAAUGUAUUUUGUAUUCUUUCUUUGAAUUUUGUAAUAUUCCUUUAUCAUUCCAAUAACUUAUACACGUACUUGUAUGAAUGGCCUGAACAAUUGGUACUCAGAAAUUUGCUAUGACUGUGAUUAACAGUAAUAAAGAAAUUGCAUUCGA